AAAGUCGAUAAAUUGGUGCAUUGACUCAUUUGUGUAUAGCCGUCGGAAGGAAAGGAUAUCAGUGAAAUGGAAGUUUCAACUUGAUCGGAAAUAUACCACUAGAAAUUCUACAAUUCGCAAAAGUGGAAAGAAAAUAAGUAUUGCGUUUCUUUAUGCACGCGUUACUUUGAACCAGAUCCAAAUUUCGUUCACUCGCUCUUUCUUUUCCCUCUCUCCGUGUUUCUUCGUUUCCCUCCGUUAUUCUUAUCUGUUACAUUUUAUCUGUAAGACACUCGAUAUCGCAAUUGUGGGUUCUUAAUGUGAUUCUUGCUCUAGUAACUCGCACAACCGCGCUUAAUAAAGUCAUUUGCUGAUUAUUGUACCAGACCGCUACAUGGAUGAACAGGUUUCAAGGGCAGUACUUCAAGAAAUCAUGGUCAGAGCGUACGGGGGUGUGUUGGUCCUAGCAGAUGUGCUGCUUCUUCUCCUCAAGAUUCUUUACUACAUUGGCGAAGGAAUAUAUAGACUACUAGUACCGGUCGAAGAAAAGAGCGUAGCUGGUGAAAUUGUCCUGGUUACAGGAGCAGGCCAUGGAAUUGGCAAAGAGUUGGCAUUAAAGUAUGCCUCUCUGGGAGCUACCGUUGUCUGUUGGGACUUGAAUCAACAGGGAAACGAAGAAACCGUAAAUGAAAUUAAACAGAUAAGCGCAACAACUAAAGCAUAUGGUUACAAAUGCGACGUAUCGAAGAGGGAAGAAGUGUUUAAAGUAGCUGAGAAAGUCAGGGUGGAAGUCGGGAACGUAACGAUCCUAAUUAACAAUGCUGGCAUAAUGCCCUGUCGAGCUUUUCUGGAUCACACACCGGAGGAUAUUAAACGAAUAUUCGACAUCAACGUACUGGCACACUGUUGGACUGUCCAAGCAUUCUUGCCUAGCAUGAUUCAGAAAAAUUACGGUCACAUCGUCGCUCUUUCGUCGAUGGCUGGAUUUCUCGGCGUAGCCAAUGUGGCUCCCUAUUGCGCUUCAAAGUUCGCAGUAAGAGGAUUAAUGGAGGCUUUGAAUGAGGAGAUUAGAUCAUUGAACAAGGAAAAAACUUUAAAUAUCAACUUCACUACAAUUUAUCCGUAUAUGGUAGACACAGGACUGUGCAAAAAGCCGAGAAUCAGGUUCCCAAGCAUCAUGGCGCUGGUUUCACCGAAAGAGGCAGUUGUUGAAAUAGUUAAAGCGCAACGAAGAAACAUCAGAGAAUUAUCCAUUCCCGCAUGUUGGCUCUACAUUAACAUUCUUUUAAGAUGUGCCCCUGAGUCGUGCAUGCGCAGCAUAGUAGACUUCCUAGACUCUGGCCUAGAGACAGAAAGUUAAUGAGUAUCUAAUAUUCUUGUGAAAAGAUAUUUAAGAAAAUAUGUUUGUUUUACGAUUCACAAUGAUACAUACGUAAAACCA